CACAUAAUGGAUUGAAUUUUUAUCUAGACUCUAAACGUAAUCGAAAAAACUUGUAAGAUCUUGAAAUUAAUGAAUGAGUUUGUGUUUAUUCUUAUUGAACCUCAGACUCAAUUGGUUGAGUGAGUGGCUAAAAAUGUUCAAAACCGAUCCAACUGAGCCAGAUUUGAUCGUCAACUCCCUCCUCCAAUAGCUCACCCAGUCUCCUCCUCGCUGCUCGGUCCGCCUCUUCACCCAGCCCAUAAGGAGAAGAGAUUCGAUACGAAUCCAUGUCUGUAAAUCGGGAGAAUUGAAGCUAAUAAUAAUCAACUAGAUUAAAGACAAAGCAGCGAAAUUCAAAAUCCACCUCGUUCGUUCCUCUUGAUUCUCCUGAAUUCAGAUUCAUUCCGGAGGCUGAGAAGCGGGAGCAGACGGACGGACUCCACUGGUCUGAGUAGCUUGGUUUGUGGAGCUGAUAAGAGGGGCAAUACCAUUUUGGGUGAAGAAUAUGGAACCUGGUGAAAUCAGUGACAGCCCUGAUCGGUGCAAUUUGGAUAGUACAAGUCAGGCUAACGAACUUGAUCUACUACCAAGUUGUGAUGAUUUUCAAUCUCACGAUUUUGGAGGUAAAGAAGAUGCAACAAAUAGAGAAAACCUGUGCGUCAGUGGGGGUAAUGUUGGCGCUGAAGCUAGCACAGAACAUGCUGGUGGUGGUACAAGUAUGGGAAUCGAAGGUGGAUCAGGUUGUGACAAAUUUGUGAACAGUGGAGACAAUGUUGAAACUCAUAAUGGCCAGGUUACCGAAAAUAUGAAUGGCCAGGUUAAUGAUGAAACAGAAGUUGACAUGGAUUUGGUUGAUUCGCCUGUGCAUGUAAAUAUUCAAGUGACGGAAGUUUUUUCAGUUGAAGAGAAAGUGUCUAGCAUGCUGAAUGGUGAAAGCGGCAGCCUUGACGUGCCACUUGAGACUUUAAAAGCUAGAUCAGGGGUUAAGAGAGCUAGGAUGACUUAUGAACAACAGCAACCUUCAGUGCAGGUCAUGUAUAAUUCUCUAACAAGAGCUAGCAAAAAAAAGCUUGAGGAGCUAUUACAACAGUGGUCGGAAUGGCAUACAACCAACAGCCUGUAUCUAUCUUUCUGCAUAGACGACCGCACAAGAGAUGAGCAGACCAACGGCGUCAUGCCACUUGACAGAAACUCCGUACCCCUAUAUGAUCGUGGAUUUGUUUUGGGUCUGACAUCAGCAGAUGGCACAAACAAUGCAGAAAGAGGUCUGGAGAUAUUUGGUGAUCCUGCACGGUGUUUUAACUGUGGGGCCUACAACCAUGCUUUGAGAGAAUGCACCAAGCCUCGGGAUGCUGCUGCUAUUAAUAGUGCCCGCAAACAACAUAUGGCCAAAAGGAAUCAGAACUCCCAUUCUCGCAGUUCAAUUCGUUAUUAUCAGAGCUCAUCUGGUGGGAAAUAUGAUGGCCUGAAACCAGGUGUCCUUGAUGCUGAAACACGCAGACUUUUGGGUAUUGGGGAGCUUGAUCCACCCCCUUGGCUAAACAGAAUGCGAGAGCUGGGAUACCCACCUGGAUAUCUAGAUGCCGACGAUGAAGAGCAACCGUCAGGAAUAACAAUAUUUGGCGAGGAAGAAGCCAUGGUCGUCAGUGAAGAACAGGAAGAAGGAGAAAUAAUAACGGGAAACAAUAUUCCCGAACCUCCUCUGGAGCCACCUCGCAAGAUGAAUAAGACCAUUGAAUUUCCUGGAAUAAAUGCACCAAUCCCAGAGAAUGCAGAUGAAAAGCUCUGGGCAGCUGGUUGUCCUUCGUCUUCAAGUUCUGAUACUACUAAUAAGAACCGACCGUCACAGCGUAGUGACCACUCAGGAGGCAGAUAUUACCACAGCAGCGAACAAAGAUGGCCUAGAAGAAGUUUCAUGGAUGAUGAUGGGCCACCAGGCGUUGACCCGGUAUCAAACCCUUCUAUGUCGAGUUAUCCUCCAAGACAUGGAAGUUACCAUGCAAGCCAAUAUGGUUUGGACAGCCCUAGGGAACUCAUGCUUUCCUUUGCAAGGUCGCACUCUGAUAGAGAACGGAGGAGCCCUCCCAGGUAUGAAGAUUCUUUUGGGAGUCACUCCUCAUACCACCACUCGUACCAGUCAAGAUACGAGUACGAAGCGGAUGAUCGAUGGGAUGGGCGUAGUCGGGAUCGUCCAUCGGACUAUGAAUUUGAGGAUCAUAAGUCUAGAAGGUAAAGAAGGGGAAAGAACACGGAUUAUUAGCACCUGACUUGUAAUAGUGACUUAGCUAAAGAUGUCCAAUUGUGGCAGUGGUGUUGUAAAAGUGCCUCAUUUUUUUUCUAGGUCAUAACAAUAAACAUGGUGUCUAGGCCUGGUGUGAAGAAUAUUUACUGAUAGAAAAGCAGGUUGACUUUUGUUGUUUGGUUGUAGUGGAACUGAAGUUGGCGAGUGAUUAUUAGCUACGUUUAGAAUGUAUGAAUUCUGUACACGGAAUUUAAACUCAGUACUAUCGAACAAAAAAUCACACACACAGACACAGGUCCCUUCAUUUCACCGGCCGUCGUUGAGCACAGAAUCCGUACUAGACAACGAAGUGACGGUGGUGUAGUCCUUACCAACGACGGACGAAGGAAACGACGACGACAUGACGAACUCCGACGUCUCCCUCCCUCCCAUCGCAAACGCCCCGAUCCCCGAGCUCUCCAACGGCACGUCGGGCAAGUUGCAGUCACCAUCAAGGUACUGCAUCACCUGCCUCAUGCUGGGGCGGAACGCCGGCAUGUUGUGGGAGCAGUACAGCCCCAGUUUCAGCACCGCUGCCAUCUCCUCCCUGACAUAAUCCCCUUGCAGCUUGGGAUCCCCUGCUUCCCAAAUCGCCCCGCGCUUCCAGCAAUCAAUCACCCAGUCCACCAGGAUCAUCUCCUCGGGAAGCGCCUGCGUGUCGAUCGGGCGCUUCCCGCAGGCGACCUCCAGCAUGAACACUCCGAAUGCGUACACAUCCGUCGCCGUGGUGGCCUUCCCGAGCCGCGAGAGCUCGGGAGCCAGGUAACCCACGGUCCCGACGACGUGCGUGGUCUGCGGGUUCGUGCCGUGAUCGUACAGCCUGGCCAGCCCGAAAUCGCCUAACCGGCCGUUGAGAUCUGCGUCGAGCAGUACAUUGCUUGCUUUAAUGUCGCGGUGGAGAACUACUUGCUCCCAUUCCUCGUGGAGGUAGAGAAGCCCUGAGGCUACGCCUCUCAGGAUUUUGUACCUUUCGCUCCAAUUCAGAAUCGGCUUGUCUUCCGUGAAGAGGAAUUUGUCCAGGCUGCCGUUGGGCAUGUAGUCGUAGACCAAGAGCAGCUCGCCCUUCCGCCGGCAGUAACCUAGCAAGUGUACCAAAUUCCGGUGCCGGAGCCUCCCCAUGCUCACGAUCUCCGCCACGAACUCCUUCAUCCCCUGCCGCGAAUCGUGGGAGAUUCGCUUCACGGCGACUUCGAGCUUGGAUUUAGGGAGGAUUCCUCUGUAGACUUUGCCGAACCCGCCCGACCCGAGAACCUCCUUCUCUUUGAACCCGUGGGUCGCUCGGUACAAAUCUUUGUAACAGAGCCGCUGCGGGUUGUAUUCCCUCUCCCAAUCUUCCGUCAGCUCUCUGUACCUUCUCAAUCGGAUUAGGUAAGCUCCCACGGCGAUUCCCGCGAGGGAGAUGGCUAGGAUUAUGAGCACGACCGUCGGCGCGGUGCCUAAUUUCUUCGCCUGCUUGGCGGGGCGGGGGGAGAUUGGGAGAUUGCGGAGAUCCAGCGGCGGGGGUUCUUCUCCCCCGGUUUUGCUGAAGCUCCAACCGAGGAUGUACUGCGCGCUCGUGACGGUGCUGGUGGAGGAAGAGAAGCCGACGUACAUUGAUUCGACGAGGUAGGAGGAGAGAUCGACCGGCGUGGAGAUGAGCGGGCGUCUAGGUUUUGGGGUAAGGAAGGGAGCGACGGUGAUGUUCAUCCUCUUCUGUCCGUCGUCGUAUUGAAUCCAGAUCUGGAUCCGGUCGGCGGAGAGCAGGCGGAGGGUUCGAUUGACGCCGUCGGAGUCGGAGACGUAGGAGACGGGAGCGGAGGCGGCGGAGAUCAGGGUGUUGAGGUCGAGGCCGACGUGGUUGUCGUCGAUGUCCUGGAACUCGGGGCUGCGCAUCGCGUCGAGCUCGACGGCGACGACGUGGUUGGAAGCGUUGCCCAUGUUGGUGGUGUUGAAGAGGCCCAGGUGCUGGCUGGCGACGGCCUGGCUGAAAUCGGUGGUGGGGGAGAUGGUGAAGGCGAUGCCGUGGCCGCCCGUGUUGGCCGAUUCGGGGACCAUGGCGAAGACGAAGGUGGUGGAGAAGGAGAGCGAUUCGGACGGGACGGAGGAAUUGGGGUCGAAUUUGAACGGCUGGUGGUGGAAAGCGUGGCCGGUGACGAGCUGGGUGUAGUUGGUGAGCUGGAGCAAGCCGUCGGGGAGGAUUUUGGACUGGUUGUCGACUAUCAGGUUGGCUUGCCGGAACCCAUUGUAGGUGAAGCUGCUGGUUUGUGGGGUUUGGGAACUGGCGGUGGAGAAGUGUGUGGAGAAAAGGGUAAGUGCUGCCAGAAGUAGAAAUCCCAUGAUAGCAGCUGGAGAAGACGCCGCCGCAGCAGCAGCCAUGGAUGAGAUGUGAGCUUUCUUUCCUUAAUGAGGAUGAUUAUCUAUAGCCUGCCUGCCUUUGUGGAAUUUGGGGCUAAUACGGGUUGCUUUUUAGCUUUAAGCAUGUGUGGAUUUGUCUUUGUGGAAGAGAGGAGGAAGAAGUUGAAAGUCAAGAAGUCGUGGUCUGAUUGAUGGACAGUGAAGUGCCGAUGAUCGGCGGCAAUGAUUUUCUACCACAGAAAACGAGCAGUCAGUCCAAAUUCCCAUUUGGGUCCGCUGCUGCUUCUAUAAUCUAUGCACUAGACCUCCUCGUCGACGAUUACGACAAGUGACAAAGAGGAAAGAGUAUUAAAUGUAAUCAGUAGUCAGGUUUAUCCUCCCUUUCUCCAUUCCUCCAAACAUCUAACAGGACGACCAUUCUAAUAACUUAUAUAAGCACUUUGUAAAGUCUGUGACUGCGAUGGAG